UCCUAUUCAUUUCUCAGCCCAGCACACAGACACAUACCGCCCGAUGUCAGUCCCCGAAGCAUCGUGUCGGAAUAUGAACGCGGAUCGACGCCCAAGCUUUUCCGACCACCGCGCCGGAACCCUACACUCCGAUUCACCCCAUGAUCCUCUCCUCCGGCCGGGCUCCUUCAUCGACGCCACCACCACCGCAACAACCUCCAAUGGCCGAACCCCAAUCCAAACCAAAAAUCCCCAUAAAGCGCCGCAGCAAUCGAACCGUUCGGAGCCCGGAGCCGGCGCGGAGAGCACGGAGGGAGGGGCGGGGCGUGCCAAGCGAAAAGGGGUAUCGGAGCCGCUGGAGAACUGGUUGCCACCGGGUUGGUCCGUGCAGGAGAAAGUUCGGAGCUCUGGUUUAACGGCUGGAUCUACAGAUAGGUAUUACUUUGAUCCAGUCUCAGGUCGCCGGUUUCGGUCAAAGAUAGAAGUUCUCCGCUUUCUUGAAACGGGAACAGCUAAAAAGGCAAAGACAGAGAAUGCUAGUGCUGACAAAACAUCUGUCGAGGGUUCUGGAAGCCAAAAACAAAAGAAGUCUAGCACGAAGCCAAAGAAUUCUGCGUUGAACUUUGAUUAUACUGAUGUGCCCGAGAAGGUGGAAUGGGCUCUUACAGACUCUUCCGGACAGUCCUGGACACCCUUUAUUGAUAACAAAAAGGUCCCUGAAUCUACAUCAAAAGAAUGGGCUGCUGCAUUUGCAUUAGUCCCAUACAAAAAAUAGUGUCCACCCUCAUUGGAAACAUUUUGAACCCUCCUGCUGUAUCACUAAGUUUGCGCUGCAGAAAACCGUCAUUCUUUUUGCCAACAGACGUACACUGACCAAUACUAGAUCCUGUAUCUCCAUAUUCCAUCCCUACUGAUCUUUUUUGGUAUCUUUUGGAUCCAAAGAAUUCAUAUCGUGGACAGCGAAGCUCAUCGACAUUGUUUUUUGGCAUUUGGCCUAUUUUGGGUAUAGGUAUAUUCAAAAACUCUUAUAUUUACCGUUGUAGUUUUUUGUUUCUCUCCAAGUGAUGUUAGACUAACUGUAAUGUUGUUGCUCGUUUUCGGGUUUAUGGAGUUGUAAGCGUAUUUUGGAUACAUAUACAGUUGUCUCUUAAAUAUACAUGUAAGUCGUGUCUGGUUUUAUC